AUGGCCCAAGAACUUAAAAGCAAGGGCAAUGAGCUCUUCAAAGCGGGUGACUACACUGGCGCCGAAGACCUGUUCUCUCAGGCCAUCCAAAAGAAUCCCAACGACGCAACAUUCUUUUCAAACCGCGCGAUCACCAGGAGCAAACUAGCCAAAUGGGCCGACGUCGAACAUGAUACCCGCGCAGCAAUCGACCUUUAUGGCCUGAAGAACCCCACUGCCCUUAAAAGUUAUUGGUACCUCGCGCAAGCACUCCUCGAGCUCCAACGACCACAAGAGGCAUUCGACGUCGCGUCCGACGCGUACAAGCAGAGCCUCGUAGCGAAGAACGCACAGGCGGAAAACCUAUCGCGCACGGUUCUACGAGCGAAGCAGCAGAUCUGGGCCGCGCGGGAAACCUCGAGAGUCCGUGAGUUAGACGAGACCCUUGGCGCCGUGGAGGCGCUCAUCGAGGCCGAUGUGGCGCGUGCGCUUGGCGAGUUGCAGGGACGGCUGGACCGCAAGGAGAUCGGAGAGACCGGAUUCGGGGAAGAUCAGAGGGCGCUGAGAGAGGAUGCGGAGCAAAAGGUGAAGAACCUGCGGGAGGCUUUCCGCGUUGCAUCUAAGGGGGAGAUUCAGGAACGGAAUGUUCCCGAUCACUUGGUCGAUGGCAUUACCUUUGAGAUCAUGCACGACCCCGUUAUCACACCCUCUGGCGCAAGCUUCGAUCGCCUUGGCAUCACCAAGUAUGUUGAAAAGGCGGGUGUUGACCCUUUGACUCGAGCACCCAUGUCAGUGGGCGAUCUGCGAAAUAAUUACGCGCUCAAGGCGGCCUGUGAGGAGUUUUUGACACAUAAUGGUUGGGCGGUCGAUUGGUGA